ACAACUUGUCUCCCAACCCCGCCGGUCUCGCCUUUCUUCCUUCACUGCCCCAGCGCCGCCGCCGCCGCCGCCUACUAGGGUUUUAGGGUUCUCGCCGCCAGCCGCCGUCGCCGCCACCGCAUCGAUGGAGGCGCUCCGGGAGGCGGUGGCGAAGCUGACGGUGUACGUGCACCCCUCCAACGCCGCCGACGUCCGCCGCGCCGUCGCCCGCCAGCUCAGCGCGCUCCUCUUCUCGUACGAAGAUCGCUUUGAUGGCGUGUUGCUGGCUCAUGAAGUUUCCGUCGAGGGUGAGAAAGCCAAAAUCCUGAAUGGCUUGGUACCGUACUUUGGCGUCCCAGUGCAUGCGAACUUGCUGCUAUUUUCUCCCCAACCGGAUAUGAUCCUCGAAGGGAAGGUUGAAAUGCUUGGGAAGGAGUCAGUUCAUGCCAUUGUAUUGGGGGUUUUCUCAGCAGCCAUCAUGUCAGACGAUAUUCAUGAAAAGUUCAAAUUCAAAAGAAAAGGUGGUGGAGGAAAAUUUGUAAGCCGGUCAGACAAACAACAUGUGAUCAAAAGAGGAAGCAUGAUAAGGUUUUCUGUCAAAAGCAGAGUGGAUACAGAAAUGAAUUGUCAUAUAACUGGGUCUUUAAUCCCACCUCACACUGGAUCCAUGCUUUGGUUAUCAGUACACGAUGCUGAAUAUGCAUCGGAAAUCAACAGUGGUAAAAAGAGGUCAAGGGAUAUCAACAUCAAAAUUGAGCAGAAUGAACAAGAACACAGAACACUCAACAAUGAAUAUAGCAUGGUGGAUUCUGAACGGCCACACAAGUCCCGAAAGAGGAAUGUUGAGGAACGAUAAUCUCAUUUCGAGGUUGUGAAGCAGUUUGUUGGGAUACAAAAAUGUUUACAAAUGUUGGAUGAUGUAAAACAAAUCAAGGAUUGCAUUUGUAAUAGAUCACUUUGUCUACCAAAUGGUUACUGAUCUCAUCCAAGAAACCAUUGUGUUUAGUGCAAAUGGCAAAUCUCAUGUUCUAAUACUAGCCUCCGGCCUAUAAUUAGUGUUAUUUCUUUCUCUUGUUUA